AUGACUAGCAACUUGAUCUCCUUCCUCGGGGACCCGAACUUCCCUUCCAAGCUUUCGGACGGCACCAGCGAUCGCGGUGAAAAGAUCCGUUUCUACGAGGGGCUCUACAAGCAAUACUCCCGCCUAACCCUUUCGCGCGACAGUGACCGCCCCAUCGCCAUUGCCGGUCUCGAGAAGCGGCUCAUCCACGACCUGAAAUCCUCGGGAGGGUUCGGAGUGUUUGACGACGAACGCAGCUUACUGCCGCGAAGUCUGCUCUGGCAGCGAGGCGACGAGUUCCCUACUUUGAAAAAGAUCGAAAGCCAAGUGCUACCCCGGGUGCCAACCUGGUCAUGGAUGGCAUACAAGGGAGGCGUCGACUACCUGGACCCCCCGUUUGGGGAGGUAGCCUGGAACAUAUCCGAGAUCAGGGGGAACUGGUUCGGCAAAGGCAACAGAACCGAGUUGAGCGCCAAAACGAGACUCUUCCGUAUGACAACGACAACCACCCAAGACUUCGACAUUACCUGGGAUAUUCCGAAGGACAUCAAGCCGGAUGUGGUGCGGCUCAAGUGCAUCGUAGUCGGCGUUAAGAUGCAGAGAGGCGUCUCGGCGGAGACGAAGACUCACUAUGUCCUGAUCGUGAGAUUGCGAGAAUACAGCGCGGGAUUGGCAACGGAAGAGACCGAGAUAUACGAGAGGGUCGGCGUCGGAAAGAUGCUUGGCCUGUACAUCGAUCUGGACAACUCGCAACCGCGGGAUUGGGUCAAGAUCCGGUAG